AUGCAAGUUGCUUUAGAAAAUGGUCUUGAACUGUGUCAUUUUCUCCAUUGUUUCAGCUUCGAAGGAGAGGAAACGAAAAAAAAAAAGAUUUCAAUGGAGAAGAACACUGACGGCAAAAAGAAGACUACUCCUUUGAUUCCAGCUAACUACAUCAGCAUACUUCAGCUCCAGGAGCGUUGGAUCAAUGAGAAAAAGAAGAAGCGUAAGGAGGAAGAAGAAGAAGAGAGACGACGGAAACAACAGGUCGAGGAAGAUAAACAGAGAGAAGAAGAUCUGAAGAAAGCAGAGGAGGAUGAGGAGAAGAAGCGUUUCAAUCGAAGUAAUCAGAAGCGUUCCGGAAGAAAAAGUCAAUCUACGAGCGGCGGAGGAGUGAAAUUCGUCGAGAAGGAGAAACCAGAAGUUACGGCGGUGAUCGGGAGCGGCGGGGGUGAAGAUACGGCGGAGAUGGAUAGGGGAUUUAGGAGGAAACGGUAUGAUAGUGGGAAGAAUAAGAAGAAAAUUCAAGAUGUGGCUAUGGUAAAUGAUCUCGUUGUCGAUUGUGGUGAUUGUGGUUCAAUCGCGCCGUCUGAGUCCGUCGUGACGGAGAAUGUUACUCCGGUGAAAGGUGUGGUUCGAGUUUAUAGGAAGAAAAAAGAAAAAAGUGUGGUUAAGGAUGCUGCGACGGCCAUAGGUACAAAAUUUGAGGAUCUUUCUAUUAAAAGAGAUGAAACCAAGAAUCUCAAGGCACAAACCAAACCGUUUAAUAACCGGGCAAAGCAGGGGAACGAUUUGGCGCAUCAGCGUGUUAAAAAGCCGAUACGAGCUGCUUCUGCUUCUGCUUCUACAAUGGUGUGGGUGAAGAAAGAGAGAGCUAAUAAUGAUGGAAUUGCAAGUGGCGUGAAGCCGCCAUUAAUUGCGUAACGUUUGCUCUUAAAGGUUUGCUCCUGGAAGGUGAACAAAACGAAACAGUCUCAAUUUGGUAGUGUUCAUUGAACAGAGAGAUCAUGGAACAGAUUUAUUUAAAGCAUUAGGGACUAAGGUUUUGAGGUGUAUGCAAAUGUACAUAACAUAAGUAUGAAUGACUGAUCAUCGUUACCAGACC